CGUCGGUCUGGACCACGGCGUGGUUGUUGUGGAAUCGAUUCGGUGGUGUCGGCUCCUUCCUCCAUCCUGCCGUUUCCCAGGUUACAAUCUUGCCGCUGGUGAUGAGCGCCGGCGUGUGGGGGAUCGAUGGGAUCGCAUUCCUCAUGGCGUGGUUCUCGGCAAUUCUCCAUGACAGGACCGUUCUCGACGAGAAUCUUUCCAAGAUGGAAAAAUCCGACAAGAAGCGUUCUAUGCUGCAGCGUUUGGGGCCAUUGCUCUCUCAAUCUUGUUCUACGGAAGCGCCAGGGUCUCGAUCUUCUCGGGCGAUUUCUUCCAGAAGGACAUCGCCCUCACGAUGAAGAAAACAGUGCCGGUCUCUUGCGUCCUGGGCAAGCUCCUCUUCUACGAGGACAUGGAUGUGAUGCUCAACAAGACGAACCAGCGCCUCCGAGCCGGCGAUCGAUUGGUCCUCUGGUCCGAGGCUGCGGUGAAACUCGACCUCAAACAGGAGAGGGAUUCUCUCCAACUCAAAGCCGGACAGAUCGCUUCCCAGCACGGCGGCUACGUUGGCAUCACUUACGAGUACAAGGACGCGAGUACUGGAAGAGUCGGGAACUAUUUCGACCUCGUUCUUCCCGAUGGCUCCAUUGGAUUUACCUACAGGAAAUCCCACUUGGUUCCAUUCGUGGAGUGGUAUGGAACUCCAGGGGAUCCCAUUCUUCCUAUCAUCAAGACCGAGCUCGGCCGGAUUGGAGGAGCUAUUUGUUACAAUUUCGAGUUCCCAGACCUGAUGCACCAGGCCGGGAAAAAGAGGUAGAGCGCAGUUAUGAUGGUGUUCUCUAAGUUUCUGGUGAAUGUUUUUAGGAUUGAUAUCAUGCUCCAGCCAGCCGCGACUUGGGGACCAACUGGUCCCCAGGUGA